ACGAGUGCCCACCAGGGAGCCGAGCUGGCGAUGAAAAACCUGGAAGACCUACAAAGGGACAAUGAGAGGAAACGAGUGGAGCAGCACGAGAAAGCUCGUCUCCGAGGGAAAUCGGCUCUAAGAAAGGAGCACCUCGCGCUGGACCGCACGCACCAUCGAUAGUCUGGCCAGCCGGAUCGAAGACCCCCAGAUCCAAGCUCACUGGUCCAACAUAAACGACGUCUACGAGUCCAGUGUCAAAGUGCUGAUCACCUCUCAGGGCUGCGAGCAAAUCUGCAAGUCCAUCCAGCUGCAGCUCAACAUCGGUGUGGAACAGAUCAGGGUGGUGCACAGAGAUGGACGUGUCGUCACUCUGUCACAUCAGGAGCAAGAGCUGCAGGACUUCCUCCUCUCACAGGUACGGCUGCCGUCGUCUCAGUCGGCCCCUUUUUCAUCCUUUCACGCAUGGUGGUGUCUUGUCGCAGAUGUCCCAGCACCAGGUGCAUGCUGUGCAGCAGCUGGCUAAAGUGAUGGGCUGGCAUGUGCUGAGCUUCAGUAACCACGUAGGCCUCGGCCCGGUGGAGAGCAUUGGAAACGCCUCCGCUGUCACUGUGGCCUCCCCCAACGGAGAGUAUGCCAUCUCAGUGCGUAACGGUCCAGAGAGCGGCUGCAAGGUGGUGGUGCAGUUCCCCCGCAAACAGACUAAGGAGCUGCCCAAGAGCGAUGUCAUCCAGGAUGCCAAGUGGACCCACCUCAGGGGGCCGUACAAGGAGGUCCACUGGAGAAAGAUGGAGGGACGGAACUUUGUCUACAAAAUGGAGCUCCUCAUGGCCACCCUGACCCCCUGCCCUUAAACACAACUACCCCCGGCCCUCCUCUGCCGACUGGAGAUGGACAGGAAAACAUUCUUUGUGAAGAAGCCAUGUUACAAAAUUCAUGCCCUUUUUAUUCUUGAGGACUUUUACAAGAGCGCUGCUUUCCCCACUGGGUGAGGCUGGACUGCGAGAAAAGAUUUCUUAAAAAAAAUGUUGCAUACUCCUCAGCAUGUCUAGUUGUAUAAUGACGUUUCAAAAUGUUUUCCUUGUGCACCGCAACUUUUUCUGUGCAAAUAAGACACCUGUGCUCAACAAAGAAA